AUGCUCGUGUCUGCCUUACCGGCUCGGCUCCACACGACACCUCAGGCACCCGUGUCUCUUUCUCCUCACAUCUCCAACGCUCCAACCAAAUCCAACCCAACACAGUACAACAUCCUCCACCACAAUCACAAUCCCCACGCCCCCCACGCAGCAAAAUGACCUCCCUCAGCCAAGACCAGAUCAAAACCCUCGAACAGUCCCGCCAACGCCUCAUCCAACUCACCCACUCCCUGGCCUCCCUCAUCACCAGUCUCAACCAAAGCGACCCUCUUCCCUCAUGGACCUCCCUCCAGUCCCAAGCAACCAUCAUCUCCAACAACCUCCUCACCAUCUCCGACCACCUCUCUGAUAACCGCGACCUGCUCUCCAACAUCGUCGCCUACCCGGACGCCUCCUACCCGUCGCGCAUCCCCGCCAACAACGUCGCGCUGGAGCAGGUACUGCGCACCAAGCUCGAUCCCCGGGUGGAAGAUUGGGUCGCGCGGGGGCGCCGCACAGGCACCGCAGACUCGGCACUGGGGGCCGGAUUGGGGGACGAUCUGCUCGCCGAGCUGUGGGAUUGGGCGCCCGUGGAGGCCAACCAGGAGGCGAGACGGCGGAACUGGGGUGGAAACUUUACGUUGGAGGAGCGGGAGAAGGGGGUGCAGAAUGUGGUGACGGGGCUGAGGAGGGUGUUGGAGGAUGAUGAGGAUGAGGAUGACGAGGACGAUGAUGACGACAGUGAGGAAGGGGAGGGGGAGGCGGAUGAGAUGGAGAUUGUGGGGGUCAGGAGACGCUCGAAUGCCGGGGCUGGGCUGGAGUUUGACAUUACGGCCUCGACGGCGACAGGGACGGCCCAUUCGGGCGCUGGGGCGGCGGCUACGGAGAUCGUUGCGCCGGUGGUGCCUUUGGAUGAGCUCUUGAGGUUCAUGACUACGGGAGUGUUGCCAGGUCAAAGGUGAUGAAUGUGUGUGUGUGUGUGUGUGUGUGUGUGUGUUGAUUUACCAUGGAAAGAAGAGUUUGGACGGAACAAUCUAGAUUAAAAGUGCUAUGGAAGAAUGAGGCAGAAAACAAAGCACCUAGCCCCGUCGCCGGGUGGUGGGCGUCUUGCCUGAUGGCUUGGGAGACGCGCUCGAGCUGGUGGCGGUCGCCGGUGCCUUCGCGGGGGUCGCGGCCGCAACGGGCUUCGCCUUCUUCUGAGACUUCUCUGACUUCUUCGACUUCUGCGACUUGGUCGGGCUGUUCCAGUAGUACAGCAUCUGGGUGGCCAGGAUCAAGUUGAGAGAGAAACCGGCGAUGAAUCCAUACAGAAUCAGCUUGUCGUCCACCUCCUGAAGGGUUGUGAAGAUACGGGAGAGGGAGCCGGCGAGGUAGUU